AUGGCCCUGAUGCAGGACUAUGGACAGCUGCAACCAGGAGCCAAGAUGGGUGGCUUCAGCUGGAUAAAGAUCCUGAUGGUCAUCUCUAGCCUGACCCUCUAUCUGGCUGGUGGCACCCUCCUGGGCGAGGGCUUCUGGGUAUCCCUGGACCGGACCAAAGUGGGCUCGGUUCUCAUCGCCGUGGGAUGGGUCCUGAUCCUCCUCAGCGUCCUGGGCUGCUUUGCGGCCCUGAAGGAGAGCAGGCAGCUCCUCUUAAUGUUCUCUGGCAUUCUCAUCCUCGUCUUCAUGGCCGAAAUCAUCGCCAUGGUGGUCGCCCUGGUCUACCAAACAAUCCCGAGCCCCCCCCGGUCCCACCGGAGUAGAUCCUUAAUCCGGAAGGAGUAUGGCAGCCAAGAGUCUUUCACCCAGGCCUGGAACAGCACGAUGGAGAUGCUGUGUUGCUGUGGCAUCAAUGGCUACGCGGACUUUGAGGAUUCCCCCUUCUUCAACAUGGCCAAGGUCUACCCAGCAUAUUGCUGCCAGAAUACAACCAUCCGGUGCACAGGAGCGGUAGCAAGUGUAGACACCAUCCAGGGCUGCUUCGUGUGGGAAAGAUGGACCAGUGCUACGGUGGUCAAAGGGGUGAUGGCCGGAAUCGGGGCGCUGGAGAUCGUCGCCGUGGGGGUGGCCCUCUAUUUCUUCGGCAAGCUGGACACUUCCUGAUCUCGGGCCGGACCACGGACACCAACCCCUCCUGUCUCCAUCACCGUCGACUACAUCUCCUCCCAGAAGCUCCAACCUCGGCUAUGAUUUCGCUCUCCCCAUCGCCCUCCACCCCUCAACCUGCCCAUAGCCUCCCUGCCUCCAAUUUUUCUUCCCCCCAGACAGUCCUACCUCCAGCGGCUCCGACGUCCUUCCCAAACGCCAUUUCCCACCCAUCCCGUAUCCUCGGAUCUCUCCGCCGCAGAUCGGUCCGAGGCCUUCCAGUCGCCUUCUCCUUCUCCUUUCCUCUCCCUUCCUCAGCUGUCCUUCGAACCGUCCCUCACCCUGAAACUCCCUCCGCCUCCAACCCCGCCAGACCCCCUUCUUCCAAGUCCCCAGAAAUCCUCCUCCUUCGGGGAAGCUUCCCCGAUAAAUUUCCACCACCCCUGGUUGUAACAGCACAUCAGACUCUAGUCUUCCCCUGUGCAUUUAUUUAUGCAUUUACCGUCUCACUCUGGGAUAGUGUUAGUUGUAGCCGGGUUUUUUUCCAUCCUAUUCCCAUUGUAGCUAUCCGAUGAGCGUCUGCCUCUCCCCUUACACUGCAGAGGACAGGCAUCACAGUUAUUCAUCUGUUAACACCGUUUAACGGUGCUUGGCACAUAUUAAGCACUUAACAAAUGCCGUAACUGUUAUUAUAGGGCUUUGCUCACAGUGAGUAGUGGUAUUAUUAUUAUUAUUACUGUAAGUGCUCAAUAAACGCUAACAAAUAAA